UCUUGGCGAAAUCCCCCCUCCACCUUUCGAAGUCAAACCUCGCCGUCGUCAUUGAUACAAACAUUAUCAACCAUGGACCGUCGAACAGUGUACUCUCUCAAUCUAUUUGGCGCGGAUCGCAGCGAAGACGGAGAACAUGCGCCGGCACAGGUCCAACAGCAGCUCGUUGACUUUAUCUUGGACUUCAGACUGGACAAUGUCUUCAUAUACCGAGAUCAAAUCCGCGAAAAUGUCCUCAUCAAACAGUACUAUUGCGACAUAGACGUUGCCCAUCUUAUCUCCUAUAACGAAGAGCUCGCGAACAAGCUCACAAGUGAUCCAGCAGAGAUCAUCCCCCUCUUUGAGUCCGCUCUGAAGAUCUGCUCUCGAAGAAUUGUAUAUCCUUCUGCGAAGGACGUCGAACUCCCUGAGCAUCAACUACUCCUACACUCGGGAGCCGCACAAGUGUCUAUUCGUGACUUGACAGCUACAAGUGUAUCGAAACUUGUCCGCAUACCCGGAAUCAUCAUUGGCGCCUCAACCCUCUCCUCAAAAGCCACGGCUCUCACGAUUCAGUGCCGAAAUUGUCAACACACAAAUAAAAUCGGAGUCUCCGACGGGUUCUCCGGCCUGUCCCUGCCUCGAACAUGCGCGCGUGAGAAAAUGCAGGGCGAUAAUGCAGAAAAGUGUCCUCUGGAUCCUUACGUCGUGGUGCAUGAGAAGUCUCACUUCAUCGAUCAGCAAGUCCUGAAACUGCAAGAGGCGCCGGAUCAGGUCCCAGUCGGUGAAUUGCCUCGCCACAUCCUUAUUUCGGCCGAUCGCUAUCUCACGAAUCGUGUCGUCCCGGGAUCACGUUGUACAGUCAUGGGUGUCUUCUCGAUCUACCAAUCUAAAGGGUCAAAGAGAGCCCAGAGUGCUGCUGUUGCGAUCCGCAACCCCUAUCUGCGUGCAGUGGGUAUUCGGACAGACAUUGAUCAUACCAUGAAAGGGAACGCAACCUUUACGGAAGAAGAGGAGCAAGAAUUUCUGGAGAUGAGCCGGCGGCCCGAUCUUUACGACGCGUUCGCGGAGUCAAUCGCGCCGUCGAUUUACGGUAACAAAGAUAUCAAGAAGGCCAUCGCUUGUCUUCUGAUGGGUGGAUCGAAGAAGAUCCUACCCGACGGUAUGAAACUCCGUGGGGAUAUCAAUGUACUACUGCUUGGUGACCCGGGUACGGCCAAGUCACAGCUCCUCAAGUUCGUAGAGAAGGUCGCUCCAAUUGCUAUCUAUACAUCCGGAAAGGGUUCUUCCGCGGCGGGUCUUACAGCUUCAGUCCAGCGCGACACUAACACGCGAGAGUUCUAUCUUGAAGGUGGUGCUAUGGUGCUAGCUGACGGUGGAGUCGUGUGUAUCGACGAGUUUGAUAAAAUGCGCGACGAAGAUCGCGUGGCUAUACAUGAGGCCAUGGAACAGCAGACGAUCUCCAUCGCCAAGGCUGGAAUCACAACCAUCUUGAACGCUCGCACCUCGGUCCUUGCAGCUGCCAACCCGAUUUUUGGUCGAUAUGACGAUCUCAAGACACCAGGCGAAAACAUUGAUUUCCAAACUACCAUUCUGUCCCGUUUCGAUAUGAUAUUCAUCGUGCGCGACGAACACGAGCGUGGUCGGGAUGAGCGCAUUGCAAAGCACGUUAUGGGCAUACAUAUGGGUGGGCGCGGUGUGGAAGAGCAAGUACAAGCCGAAAUUUCCGUGGACAAGAUGAAGCGAUACAUUAGCUAUUGCAAGCAGAAAUGCGCUCCCCGACUUUCUGAUGGUGCUAUCCAGAAACUCACGUCUCACUUUGUGUCUAUCCGUCACCAGAUUCAUGCGUCAGAACUCUCCUCUAACACUCGAUCCUCCAUUCCUAUCACCAUCCGUCAACUCGAAGCUAUUGUUCGUAUUACAGAGUCGCUAGCGAAACUGUCCCUAACUCCAAUUGCCACGGAGGAGCAUGUGGACGAAGCGAUUCGACUGUUCCUUGCAUCCACUAUGGAUGCUGUUAGUCAAGGUGAGGGUGCUGGCAGCAAAGAGCUAAUGGACGAGGUUGGUAAAGUCGAAGAGGAGCUACGACGCAGACUGCCAAUUGGCUGGUCGACGAGUCUGGCCACACUUAAGAGGGAAUUCGUCGAUGGACGAGGGUUCAGUGAAGGUGCAUUGAACAGAGCUCUAAUCGUUCUGCAAAGGAGAGAAACUGUGCAAAUACGGCAAGGUGGCGGGCAAGUGUAUCGAAGCGGAGUGUGAGGCACGGGACGAUGUGAUGUUUUCUUGUUGGCAUACCCAGGCGUUGGAAUACAGUUGUAUGAUCAUUCUGUGAAUGAUACGAUAUGUUGUGUAUGAUGCAACGCUACAGUAGAACUCUAGAUUUGACUUAACUACUUCUUUUGCUCUUACAUGAUACCGAGGUUAUGGCCAUAUGCCAUGGCUCAUAGGAUGUAUGGAAACAGCUUGUAAGGAGUCUGACGCUUGAAAGCCGCCCAUUGUUC